AUGCUGCUGAUUGGCACGGGCAGACUCGAUGGUCUGAACAAGGGCUGCACAGAUUUCGAGUAUAUCUCCAUGCGACAUUAUGGACUCUCCUACUGUCUCGUCGUCGAUGAGAUGCUCGAGAAGGUGGGUGAGGAUGAGACGGACGAGCAGACAGUGUUUGAUGUUGAAGAGGGCGUUGUGGUCGAUAAGAGACUGGAAGAUAAGUCGGCAGUGUCGGUAGUACCCAUGGGCCAAGGAAAGAAGGAGAAGUGCGACGUCUCCAGUCCAGGAGGAGAAGAGGUGACCUUGGCCGAAGAGGAUGAAAGAAAGUAG